UGCUGUUUAUGGUUGUUUUGGCCUUUGUAAUUUGAUGCGUGGACUACUGGGAGCAGUGAGCACUGCCUGGUGAGUACGACGGCUGAGCAACCUUCAUAGGUCUGAAUUAUCGGGGCAUCCAGUUGAUCCGGAAGUCGACCUGGACCUAUAAAACCCCACCCCUGACCGGAGGGUUUUCAUCGUUGCAGCCACCCUGCUCGUUCACACCAUUCUAGACCAUGAUCUCCUUCCCUUCUACCUCAUGGCAAUCCUCACUCAUCCAAAAGACAACCCCCCGGCGCCCAAGGAAUGACGCAGAUCCUUCUCACGGACGUGCAGCAACUGCCAUAACUCCCCGCCUCUAUCUUACCGAUUACCACACCGCUCGCACACCAGGCAACCUCGCACGCCUUGGCAUUACGCACGUCGUAUCUGCCAUCGAAUUUGAUAUCACGGGCGAUUUUCCCCCUCAUGUCCAGGUCCUGCACGUUCCCGUGCGUGACACAGCUGAAGAGCAGAUUUGCUCAUGGUUCGAUCCCGUCGUGGAGUUUAUCAAGGAGGCGCUGGAUAAGGAAGACGCAAAGGUUUUGGUCCACUGUUUCCAGGGGAUCUCGAGAUCACCUAUCUUAAUAUGUGCUUAUCUUGUCGCAACGACGCCAAUGCGCGCUUUGGAGUCCAUUAAGCGUGUCCAAGCAAAGCGUGGAAUAGUCGCCCCAAACAUUGGCUUUCGCAGACAACUUGUCGUUUGGGGUCGCCAGUUUGAAGAGGCCAAGAUCCAGGCCGAUGAGGAGCACCGCAGACGGAGGCGGAGUAUAGGUGGUGUAACGGAGUUGUUAGCUAAAAUGGUCAAACGGUCCAAGUCUGCACCCAUACCUGCAGCGCCGCUAGUUGUGGAUGAAGAUCUACAGGAAAUGUCUAUCGAGGGCUCAAAGGUAGCCUCCCUGAUGGAGGCGAAGACAGUAGCGCUAGAAACUCUUCGCAAGACAAAAGAGGCAGACAACUAAUGUUGUUAUGGCAUGUCUUGCUAUGUCAUACCCUACGGUAAGCUUGGGUGUUGCAUCGUGACACACGAAUCUUCCUGACAUCCCUCCAAGUGCAUGUGGCCACGAUGUGUAAAUCGUUCAUGCAUUUGCAAGACCAAGGAACUAGUAUCUAUUGGCAUUGCUUUAAUUAUUUGGAAUCAUCGAGGGUCAGUGAAUGAACUUGGAAGGAAACUAGCACUUUUCUUCUACCUCACAUUUGCCCCACAUAUCAUAAUAUUUU